CGCGCGUCCCGCGUCCCCGCGUCGCCGCAGGUCGGGAGCGGCCCCCACUCGGCCGGACAGGCGCUGCGCUCGCGCACUCGGAGAGCCGGGACCCGCCGAGCCCGCGGGCCGAGCGCGCAGCCGGGUGGACAUGGCUUCCCAGAGGUUAAUUUCUAACAGAACCUCCCAGCCAUCUGCAUCUAAUUCUGAUUACACCUGGGAAUAUGAGUAUUAUGAAAUCGGACCAGUUUCCUUUGAAGGCCUGAAGGCUCAUAAAUAUUCCAUUGUGAUUGGAUUUUGGGUUGGUCUUGCUGUCUUCGUGAUUUUUAUGUUUUUUGUGCUGACCUUGCUGACCAAGACAGGAGGCCCACACCAAGACAACGCAGAGUCUUCGGAGAAGAGAUUCCGAAUGAACAGCUUUGUGUCAGACUUCGGAAGACCUCUGGAACCAGACAAGGCAUUUUCCUACCAGGGCAACGAGGAGUCCAGAUCUCUCUUUCACUGCUACAUCAAUGAAGUGGGACACGUGGACAGGGCCAAAGCCUGUCACCAGACCACAGGCCUGGACAGUGACAUCCAGCUGCAGGAAGCUGUCAGAGGCAGCAGGCGGCCAGAGGAGGAGCUGGACAGGCUCAUGACGUUCGACAUCCCCAACUUUGUGAACACGGAGCAAAAUGCCUCCUUUGGGGAGGAUGACCUUCUGAUUUCCAAACCGCCUGUUGUUCUGGAAAAUAAGCCGCUUUCCCAGGCAUCGCACAAAGACCUGGCCUGAGAACUGUGCUCUGAGGAGGUGUCUGUCUGAAGAGGUGGAUUCUUGUUUCUGUAUAACAAGAAAUUUCCAUCCACCAAAUCUGUGUGUGUGUGUGUGGCAGGGGGCAAGAGAGAGGCAGACAGAGAGAGAGAUGGACAAGCCCCCUCAGAGGAAGGCUGAGUAGUCACGUGGUUUCCUGUUUUCUGCCGCUUUGGCUUCCAGCACAUUCAGGGCUGCCAGGGGCUUGGCUUUCCACUGUCUCUUCCCCCUGUUAGAGUUUGGGCAGUUAUCUGUUGCAGGCAUGUUUGCGUGAGGCUCAGCCUCACUCUGUCUCUGGCUCUGCCCUGGCCCAGCUGCCCAUCACACCCUCCCUUUUGCAAGUUACUUUGCCUCUGUGGCUGCCACAUUUUUAACUGUGAAGUAACGUGUCUAGAGUGGCCCAUCCAGCCCUAACAUUUUGUGAAUUUGUGACUUUGCACCCAAACAAGGCUGAGCAUGCAUGGAGUGGUACAGAGGAGAGCCAUGCCUCCUGGCGCUGGAGGGUCUUCCCAAUCUCUGCGCAUUGCACUCAACCCUUAACUGAACCAGCUUUAGUCAGGGUCAGGGUGAGCACCAGGGUGUCAGGAACCUCACCUGAUGUGGUCCCGGUGCCUACGUUUCUACUGGGAUGUGCUGAAAUAGCUCUUCUGAGGACCUUCCACCCAUGCUCAGACCUGGGGAAGCCCCGAGCCUCUCAGAGUGGACAACAACAGGGCACUGGCAGCCCAGGGCGUGUCAGGACGGCUGUCAGCUGUGUGUGUGUGUGUGCUGGGGGGGAGGCUUUGGUGUAUCCAUGUCAGUGGUUGUGUGGUUCCACUGCCGGGCCACUGGCAACAGAACACAACAAAUACUGUUUAAAAGACACUGUUUGCCAUGCUGUCUGCUAGCUUGGUCACUUGGCUUUGAGCUGAAAUGGGCAGUGGGCUGUAAAUACCACACUAACAGAUACGUAGGGUGGUCAGGGCAUGCAUGGCCAGCUGCCCCUCCCUGGGUGGCAUUUUAUUACAAAUGUGCGCACCACUGUCUUGCUUAACCUGUGAAAUAAACGCAUUGACCGCACAGCAGUGCUCUCCAGCUUUGUUCCACACAUCUGAAUUUUCAUUUCCUACACAGCCGUGCUGUGUUUGUGACAACUCUUAACUCCCUGGAGUGAGCAGUGCUGGCUGUAAGUAACAGGGGCUCUGCCAGCAAGUUCAGGGUGGGAGACGUGAGCAGAGG